CGCAAUGGGUGCCGGGUCCGCUCCCCAUCUGGUCUUUAUUGUGCUUUUUGGAUCGUAGUAGGAGGUUCGGGGGCAGAGGCGUUUUCGCCUUUCUUUCCCUCCCAUAGCUUCCCGGCGUAUGGACCUUAAACGCUGCUUUUUCGGAGCUAGUCGGUUACUGAUUUCAGCUCUAGGAUGUGAGCUCUUCCACUAGAAGCUCUUCGAGGGAGGAACUGAGGCUAUUAGAAAACUGGAAUGGAAAGCAAGUGCUGUGGUCAUCCCAAUUUAUGCUCCUUGUCAACAAUGUAUACAUUCUUGCUAGGGGCCAUAUUCAUUGUUUUAAGUUCAAGUCGAAUCCUGUUGGUAAAAUAUUCAGCCAAUGAAGAGAACAAAUAUGAUUAUCUUCCAACUACUGUGAAUGUGUGCUCAGAACUAGUGAAGCUGGUGUUCUGUGUGCUUGUAUCAUUCUGGGUUAUAAAAAAAGAAAAUCAUCAAAGUAGAAACUUGAAAUGUGCUUCCUGGAGGGAAUUCUUUAAUUUCAUGAAGUGGUCUGUUCCAGCCUUUCUUUAUUUCCUGGAUAAUUUGAUUGUCUUCUAUGUCCUUUCCUAUCUUCAACCCGCCAUGGCUGUUAUCUUCUCAAAUUUUAGCAUUAUAACAACAGCUCUUCUAUUCAGGAUAGUACUGAAGAGGCAUCUAAACUGGAUACAGUGGGCUUCCCUUCUGAUUCUGUUUUUCUCUAUUGUGGCCCUCACUGCUGGGACCAAAACAUCACAGCGUAACCUAGCAGGGCAUGGAUUCCACCACGACGCUUUCUUCAGCCCAUCCAAUUCUUGCCUUGUUUUCAGAAAUGAGUGUCUCAGAAAGGGCAAUUGCACAGCAAAGGAGUGGACUUUUUCUGACUCUAGGUGGAAUGCCACGGUCAGGGUGUUCAGUCACAUCCAUCUUGGCUUGGGCCAUGUUCUUAUUAUAGUCCAGUGUUUUACUUCUUCGAUGGCCAAUAUCUAUAAUGAAAAGAUAUUGAAGGAGGGGAACCAGCUCUCUGAAAACAUCUUCAUACAGAACAGCAAGCUCUAUUUCUUUGGCGUUCUUUUUAAUGGGCUGACCCUGGGCCUUCAGAGUGGUAACCGUGUUCAGAUUAAGAACUGUGGGUUUUUUUAUGGCCAUAAUGCAUUUUCAAUAGCCCUUAUUUUUGUAAAUGCAUUCCAGGGCCUCUCGGUGGCUUUCAUUCUGAAGUAUUUGGAUAACAUGUUCCAUGUCUUGAUGGCCCAGGUUACCACUGUCAUCAUCACAACAGUGUCUGUCCUGGUCUUUGACUUCAGGCCCUCCCUGGAGUUUUUCUUAGAAGCCCCAUCUGUUCUUCUUGCCAUAUUUAUUUAUAAUGCCAGCAAGUCCCGAGAUCUGGAAUAUGGACCUAGGCAAGAAAAGAUCCGAGAUCUAAGUGGCCGUCUUUGGGAGCGCUCCAGUGGGGAUGGAGAGGAACUGGAAAGACUUACCAAGCCCAAGAAUGCCAUCGAGUCAGAUGAAGAUACUUUCUAAUAGGUACCCAAAUAGUUGGCAGGUCUCACAACCUUGUUUUCUUUCACAUUUUCAGCAUGUGUAAUUUUCAUCUUUUCACUUCGAUAAACCAAGAACAUUUCCAGAGCAAAAUGCUCUGUGCAUAUAUCCAACUACUCCCUAAACAGUUCUACCCAAGGCUCAGAGUACUCAAAGGCUAAAAAGGUCUAAGGAACUUGAUAAAUCAACAAGCUAUAUUCAUAAAUUAUUUUCCUUGUUGUCCAAGGUUCCAAAAACCUUGUAAUAAUCACGGUAGCUGUAUCCCGUAAAUAUACAAAUAGAGAUCAGUUGACUAAAUAUUUAUAAUUAUGUAGUUCUACUCUGUUUGCCAAAGUCUUCACUUUUUUUUAUCAUUAUAAACAUUACCCAGGUUGCCCCUUGAAUUUUAAGGCCCUGGAGAUACACAUUUUGCCAUUUAAAAGCAACAUAACUUUUUCUAAAAAAUUUUAUUGAAAGACUGUUCCAUCUGGCUACAGCAUCGAUUUGAGGUUAAUAUAUCCUAUGCUAAAUAUUUUACUGAAGAAGCAAUUUUUCAGAGACAAAAUCUCAGAAUUUUAAUUUUUAGGAAUUCAUAGAGAAUUUGGUUUUUAGUGAUUAUCUUUCAAUGUGCUACACAAAUAAGCUUCAGUUUAGGUGAAAAUUGGUUCCCAGUUCCCAGUUAUCACUUGUAUUUUACAGCACGUAAGCUAUGGUGGGUUUUUUCCUUCUCAGACUGACCUUAUUAUUUUUGUAUUAUUAUAUUUUAGAGAACUAAGAAUAAGCUAUUUCAUUUUAUUAGCUAUUAAUCAGAACUUAAGGUAAUUGUAUAUCAUAUCCAGUUCCUAAGAGUUGAGACACUGGCCUCAGAAUCAUACCAGAUUGUCACUAAGACUAAUGCCUAAAAAUUCUUUUUGAAAGGGUCACUUUGCAAACAAAUGACUUUUACUGAAAUAUGAAUAGUAUUACUUUAAAAAGAGGAAGGCCGAUACUAAAUAAACCACUUUAUAGUAAUAAUAUUUCACAUUUCAAUUGCAUGGUAUUUUUCAACAUUUUUGCAUGCAGCCAAUUGACUCUGAGGCAGAGAAGUCAGGUGAUAAUUAAAAAAUGAGAAAACAAGUGACUUGCCCACAGUCAUGCAGCUGGAUAGUGAUGGGGCAAGAGUUAACUUUAGCUAAUAGGCCAGUGUGUUUACAGAGCAGGACACUGUGAAUGUGAGCCUUAAGGUGUCAUUUUCAUGCGGUCGAUUCUUCUUUCCCCUAACUUUUAUACAGAUGAACAUAAGAUAAUACUAUUAUAUAACCCAUCUGUGAUGUGCAGACUAAUAUGACUGGUGAGAGUUGGUGGAAAUUUAUAAAUAAAAUAAUUAUUACACCCA